AUGGCGAUGAUUAAGCUUGCCCUGCUGUAUUCGAUGCUGGCCUCACUGUCUGUCCAGGAGCUACGUGAUGUGUAUGGCUUCACGCAACUGGACUUACCGUGGGUCCUCGUGGAGCUCGUCCUUUGGGCGAUGAUCUAUCGACGUGGACUGAACUUCGAAGAAGUGAGACGCAUGAUUUGGCAAGCACCCAUGGCCUUGUCAGUGCAGUGGUGGCCAUACUUGGACUUGUUUGCGGUGGACUCUGCCACCUCGGCACCGUUUGAUUUGAGCUACGUCGAGCUUGGAAACAUUCUGGGCGGAAGAUCAGCUGUUUUGGCGUUACUUGCAUGGGCAGUCGGUGGAAUGCCAGUGUUGGAGCAGCCGCUCCGUUCAGUGAUGACUGCACUUCCAGCAUGGCAGUCUGUGAUUGCCUACUUUGACGAGGCCGAGCAGCUGGGGUGGAUCGGGCAGAGGCUCAAACUGAACCAAGUCUUCAUGGCUUGCUUCAAAGCACCAACCCUAAAGCCCACAGCUUUGUAUUCUACGGAGUCCUUUGACCCUUUGAUGAAUAUGAAAGUGCCUCCCAAAGACCAGUAUCAAGAUGCAUCCGGCGCCAAGAGAGUGCAGGGUGGUCCAGGGCUCAAGCAGACACAGCUGUACACGCCUGAAUUUGGAAGGGCGUUGGCCAGUUGGUGGAUGGCUCAUGGGCCUGUCUCUGCCGGGAGAGAAAGGCGUCGAUGGUGCCUUGUCCAGAGCUCCAACGUGUCUGCUGACAUAAUGAAGAAGCGAAUUGCGGCCUACUCUAGACUCCAACACUUCGACUUCUCAGAGGGCCGGUUGCAAGAGGCUUUGGAGGAGCUGAGAUGUUCGAAUGCAAAUUCUUUCCGACACGUGUAG